AUGCCUCACGCACUCACCUCCCGUGACUCGACCAUGGAGUCGAAGCCAAUAGGGUCUUAUCCCAAGACUGGCAUCGAUGUCCUGAUUGUUGGGACUGGUCUUGCUGGAUUAGUUGCCGCCCUCGAGUGCACGCGCAAAGGCCACAAUGUGCGAGUUUUGGAAAGGAAUGCCGACAUUAACACAGCUGGUGACAUGUAUUUCAUGGGCCUCAGCGCGACACGGUUCCUGAAGCACUGGCCUGAACUUCUCAAGGAAUACAAGAAAAUAUCACUUCAUAAUGCCUGGAUUGAGACCUUCAAACACUCGGGUGAGGUUGUUAUCGGGCCCAAGAAGGUCGCGGACCGUCUGCGUGCCCAGGGGCUGGACCCCGACACACCGCCUGGCGAGUUCCAGAUGCGCCCGCUCGUGUACAAGAUGUUUGUGAGCGCAGUCGAGAACCUUGGUGUCUCUGUAGAGUUCAACCGCAGGGUCAUUGACUACUUUGAGGAUGAACAGACAGGGAAGGGUGGCUGCGUUACCGAUGACGGCAAACGCUAUGAGGCAGAUGUUGUGAUUGCAGCCGAUGGUGUUGGUUCCAAGAGUCAGAAGCUGGUCGGCGGACAGGUGCGCGCAAAACCCUCAGGCAGGGCUAUGUGGCGCGCUGCUUUCCCCAGGGAAGCCUUGGCCAAGGACCCCGAGGUCGAGGAGUUCUUCAAGAUGAUGCCUGGAAACGAGCCUAUCGUGAGGACAUGGCUAGGCCCAUCCACAUACGCUCUUACUCUGUCCCGUGAAGAUGUCAUGGUCUGGAUUAUGAACCACGAUGUUACUGGUACUGAAAAAGAAAGUUGGAGCAACACGAUCGAUAAGCAAGAGGUACUCGACGGCAUGGACACCAUGCCUGGCAUGGAGACGAUCAAGUGGGCUCCGAUCUUCAAGCAACUUGUCGAAGUAACACCACCCAACACGAUUGUCAACUUUGAACUGCUUUGGCGUAAUCCCCAGCCAAGCUGGUGCUCCCCUGGUGCUCGCGUCAUUCAAAUCGGCGAUUCCGCACACUCUUAUCUCCCGGCCUCUGGAAACGGCGCAACACAAGCAAUUGAGGAUGCUAUCUCAAUAGCUUCGUGUCUCCAGAUUGGCGGCAAGGAGAACAUUCCUCAGUCUGUUCGUGUCCACAUCCGAUUCCGUUUCAUUCGCAACUCUUGCGCUCAAAAGUUAGGCUUCUCUAAUGCCGAGCUCCUUCAAGACACCGAUUGGGAUAAGGUUAAGUUGGACCCACGUCGUGCUGCGCCUAAGCUCCCCAAGUGGGUGUGGGGCCAUGACCCAGAGGCCUAUGCCUACGAAAACUAUGAGAAGAGUGCUCAGUCUCUAAAGGAAGGUAUCGACAUGAAGGAUGAAGACAAAUUCGAGCCCAACUACCCCAAGGGAUACAAGUACGAGCCCUGGAGCAUUGAGAACAUCAUGGAAGACAUGAGGGUCGGCAAGACCAUUGAUCUCGGUGCUGGUGACUGGGAGUAG